AUGGAGGUGGAGGAGGAGGAAAGACGCUCUCCACACGAUCAUGUGGAUCGGUGUGUUCCCGAGGGCUUCUUUGAUCGCGUAACGCAAGGGUUACGCGACGAUCUCGAGCAUGAGCGGAAUAGGCGUCUCCAAAUGGCGGACACUGCCUCGAAGCAUCGAGCUGAGUUUGCCUUUGCUCAGCUCGAGAACGAGAGAUCUCUGACAUCUCUUCGUGACGAGCUAAGGGUAGCUCGUGGGAUUGUUGAUCGGUCUCGGGAUGAGAUAGCUGCUCUUCAGACCCUUGUUGAUGCCCACCAUCGGGAGCACAAGGCUCUCUGCGAGAUGCUUGAGCGCAAGGGCGUUCUUCAUCGGAAGAAGCAGCGUACUGAUGGUACGGCUUAA